UCAUUCGCUAACCGACUUAAUCCCUGCGAAAGGAGCAAAACGCAAACAGCCGCGGAGUGGGACGGGACGGGAGUCCAGCGCCGGAGGGAACCUCAUGGAGAGCUCGAGCUCCCGGCGGCUCCUGCUGGGGCUUUGGGUCGCCUUCUCCGCGCUGAGCGUCAUCAGCGGGGUUUUUUGUGAGGGGAACCAUUGUCAGAAUGGAGGAACUUGUCUCAAGAGCCUAAAUGAAUCUCCUUUCUUCUGUGUCUGUGCAGAAGGCUUUACUGGGAUUACCUGCAAUGAAACCGAGAAAGGUCCAUGCCACCCAAAUCCAUGCCAGAAUGGUGGGGAGUGCAAGCUAGUUCCCAGCCGGGGUGAUGCCUUCAUUGAAUACAUGUGCAUAUGUCUUCCCGGGUAUAAUGGCAAACACUGCCAGCACAGCACGAAUGAAUGCCUUUCACAGCCCUGUAAGAAUGGAGGGACCUGCCUGGAUCAGAAGGGCAACUUUGCCUGUAAAUGCACAUCACCCUAUAUGGGGAAGACCUGCCAUAUCCGCUGUGCAGAUGCAUUGGGCAUGCAAACAGGAGCUAUUGUGGAUGGCCAGCUUACAGCAUCUUCUGUGUACUAUGGCUUCCUGGGUCUGCAACGCUGGGGCCCCGAACUUGCCCGUCUCCACAACACAGGAAUUGUGAAUGCCUGGACAUCCAGCAACUAUGACCAAAACCCUUGGAUUCAGCUUAAUCUGUUGAACCAAAUGAGGAUCUCUGGGGUUGUUACUCAAGGAGCAAGCCGUGCGGGCCGAGCAGAGUAUGUCCGUGCCUACAAAGUUGCCUACAGUAUAGAUGGACGAGAAUUUGAAUUCUAUAAGGAUGAGAAUCAAAAUCAGGAAAAGGUUUUCUCAGGCAAUGCAGACAAAUAUAGUCCUGUGACCAAUAUGUUUAAUCCUCCAGUUACCGCCCAGUAUUUUCGUAUCUACCCUGUGAUCUGUUACCGAGCCUGCACUGCGCGGUUUGAACUGAUUGGCUGUGAAAUGAAUGUGUAUUUCAACAUGGCAGGUUGCUCGGAUCCACUGGGCAUGAAGUCCCAUCUCAUCUCUGACCAGCAGAUCACAGCCUCCAGUGUGUACAAGACCUGGGGCAUGGAUGCGAUGGCUUGGCACCCCUACUAUGCUCGCCUGGAUAAGAGUGGGAAAACCAAUGCCUGGGCAGCCCUCACCAACAAGCAAGGCGAGUGGCUUCAGAUUGAUCUUCAGAGACAGAAAAAAGUGACUGGGGUUAUUACGCAGGGAGCACGAGAUUUUGGGCACAUUCAGUAUGUAGCAGCCUACAAAGUGGCCUACAGCGAUGAUGGGAAAUCGUGGACUCUCUACAAGGACAGCAGGACAAACAUCACCAAGGUAUUCCAAGGCAACCAUGACAACUACUCACACAAGAAGAACACGUUUGACGUGCCAUUCUACGCGCGCUUUGUCCGCAUCUUACCUGAGGCUUGGCACAACCGCAUCACGUUGCGGGUAGAACUUCUGGGUUGUGAGGAGUAGACGGUGGACGAAAGGAGGGAUGGUGUCACGAAUCAGACUGCUCCACCACUCCCCACACCUGCUCUUUCCCCUUUUUCCAGAGAUCCCACAGGGCUUACGGUUCCAGCAUCCUCUCCUCCAUAUUUUAUUUUUGCACCAUUGGUAAGAAUGCCUCAUCUUUCACAGGCUGGGCGUUGCCAAACUUUUAGAAGUGAUACCAGAAGCUCGUGAAAGAAGGGACCUCAGUAUGUCUCACCUGAUCCUUUUCUUCUGCCCUUGCUUUCCCAAAUUACGUGGCUGGCUUUUGAGGGGAUGGCUGCCCACUCUGUAUGAUUAUGGUGUGGCCCCCUUAGUUUCCCGUGGGUUCCUAGCACUGCACUUUAAGAACCUCUUUCUGUGGCAGGGCUCUCUGUUUUUAAAGUCCUGCCAAGUUUUGGGUUCUCCUGGAGCGUGACCGUACACUGUAGAUUUAAGUGGCUUUAGGCACACUCAGAACUAUAAUUUGGGGAAAGUUUGAGCUCCCUAGCUGAGAACCUCACCUUCUCUAGAAAUUACAGUUCCCAGGAUUCUCUUGUUCGACAGCCGAUGUGCAUUUUAUAGGUCUGAACAAAGGAAGAGGUAGUUUUGCCAUCUCUGUCAGCUUUGCAAAUUAAAUAGAGCUGCCCAGUUUUGUAUAAUUUGUAUUCCGCUUCUAGAGUCGCUGAGGGGAAAGAAGUCAUCUUUCAUCUUUGCUAACCCUUCUCCUACCUGAGAAACGUACAGCUCCCCUCUCUCAGCUCCAGCCAAUUCCCACCUGCAUUUAUAUUCAGCUUUGCAACCAUGAGGGCUAGAGACUUUAUUUCUUCUUCUUCUUUUUUUUUUUUUAGCAGUGGGAGUGAAAUUUUUCACUUGCAUGGAUUCUGCCAAGUUGUCUUCUUUACACUCCCUCCCCCGUCUUCUGAAGCCACUCAAUGCCUUCCUCUCCCCAAGCACAUACACGUUUUGCUGACCGAAGGAAUCGAAGUGUUUUUCUUCCUCCCCUCCACCCGUGCCACAGCUACCAUCAAGGAUUCUGCACUGUCAUGUCAACUCCGUGCUUGGCAGAGGCACUAAGAAGAAACAGAAUUUUCUGGAGGGGAAGAAAUACAUUGAAAAACGCAAAUAAAUUGGGAACAACGUUUUUUUGGAAGGGCUGCAGUGGGGGGGGGGGAAGGGUUGGGACACAUGUCUUUCUGUAAGACAAAGCUACUCAGUGGCUUUGGGGGGGGUGGGGAUGGGCAGGGGGCCCAGUGUGAAUUCUGGAAGUAAUUAACUCAGAGCAAAGGCAUCCAAAGUUGUAAGAAAUGCUGAUGGUGGCUGUGGCUUCCCGAUGGGAUGCAGUGUUAAAGAAGAACGGGCAAUAUUAAAACAAGAACUCUGUU